CUGAUGAUGUAGUAGGGAUUUUGCCUCUUUGUUCACUCUCUCGCACCAACCCCCACCUCUAAUAAGGGGCAGAAAAGAUUUGAAUCUCUCUGCCCCCACCUCCCUCGUCUCUCCUUCCCGUCCGGUAAGCCUCUCUCUCUGUAAGUACAUGGUAUUUUUUUUCUUGCUGGGUUGUGUGUUGUUCUAGUGGGUGCUGCGUGUCUUCUUCAAAGUGGGUUCAAUUUUCUUGUGAAGUAGUCCCUGUGUUAUGGGAGAGAGAAUCCCUCCUAGAAGUUACUUCCAGUACCCACCUCCUGGAGUCCAUGCUUCUCCACUCAGGUCUUCUCUCCCUGCAGAUCGAGAGAGAUAUUUGGCUGAACUACUGGCAGAGAAGCAAAAGUUGGGACCAUUCCUGCAAAUAUUUCCCCUAUGUAGUAGACUUCUAAAUCAUGAGAUCAGACGAGUAUCAGGCUUCAAUCAAACUCUUGCAGAUCAUGAGAGAUUUGAGCAUGACAGUCCAUUUAGGUCAUUAAGUCAAAACGCGAACGGUAGACCAAUGGAUUUGGAGGGAUGGCCAGGAAUACACAUGGAGGACAAUGGACAUAUCCAGAGAAUGGCCCCGUUCCAAUCUCCUUCUAUGGGCUGGCCUGGGGCGCAAGGAAUUCCAGCCACCCCUAUUGUAAAGAGAGUUAUUAGACUUGAUGUUCCGGUUGACAAAUAUCCACAUUACAAUUUUGUUGGCCGAAUUUUGGGACCACGUGGGAACUCCUUAAAAAGAGUUGAAGCCAUGACAGAGUGUAGGGUGUACAUCCGAGGCCGGGGCUCUGUGAAGGAUUCUGUAAAGGAAGAGAAAUUAAAAGAUAAGCCUGGAUAUGAACAUCUUAAUGAGCCGUUGCAUGUGUUGGUGGAGGCUGAAUUUCCGGAGGAUAUAAUCAACGCUCGGUUGGAUCAUGCAGUGGCAAUUCUAGAGAACCUUCUGAAGCCUGUGGACGAGUCCUUCGAUCACUAUAAGAAGCAACAACUUAGAGAAUUGGCUUUGCUAAACGGUACACUGAGGGAAGAGAGCCCUAGUAUGAGCCCAAGUCUAAGCCCGAGCCUGUCGCCAUUCAACAGCACAGGGAUGAAACGAGCAAAGACAGGAAAAUAAUAAAAUCCUCAAAAUAUGCUGAUCGCGAGUAGUUUAAUCGCAGAAACAUCCACAUCUGACUUGUCGAAGGUUUGACUUCCAACACAUUGGGAGGCAUUGUUGACAAACUGAUGAACUGAUUUCGAGCCCUUCUUCCAGCCUCUCAGACGGGUCAACAGCUUCUUUAGAUCCGUUCGACAUGCCUUCAACGUCCACGGUAAUAUAUUCUUUCGUGUGUUAUCCCAUUGAUAGCGAACACAUUACUAUUCUUUAGUUAUAUUGCAGCUUAUAGCCUCUAGCUUGUAGGCCGUCGUUUGAAUCUCUGUGAUCAUAUUCCAGUAUCUUGUACAAGGCAAAAUGCUACUCAUUGACUAGUUUUAAUUUUGUUUUUGUGUGCAUAUAUUGUGCAAUUGUUUGCAAUAAAAAUAAAAUGUUCAGAUGAGUUUCUAAUUA